AUGAAAUUAUAUCUGUUAGUUUCUGUAUACCAAAAUGGUAAACAAAUUGUCAAAUCUUCAGCAACUAGUAUUGAACCUCCUGGUUUAUUAUCUGAUCUUUUAAAGAUAACGCUUUCUAUUAAUGAUAUACCAAAUGCAAAUAUAUCAGUUGACUUCCAAAGAGAAAAAUCAAAUGAUUGGCAUAUAGUAUCAAAAGGAAUUCAAAGAAGAUUUGGAAAUAUUAAAUAUCUUAAAGGCAGUGCAUUAAGAUUUACGUGGAAUGAUGAAAAUAAUAAUACCAAUAUUUCUCAAAUAGAAAAUCACAAAAAUGCGUUUAAUAUUUUAAUGAACAAUGCUACAGACAUACAUCUUCCACCUGCACAAGGGUCAAAUACUCGAAAUAAACUUCUUUAUAAUCAUAUCAUUGAGCUUUUAAGGAUCUGA